CUAGACGUGUUGUACCUUCAUCCUCAAGCGGCCUUUGAUUCCAGUAUUGGUCUGAACCCGAAUCCCCUUUUGGAGCUAUCAGCUACCAUUGGAUCAAAGGAGCUGAGUUUGGGUGGUGAAGUUGGAUUUGAUACUGCUUCUGCUUCAUUCAUCAAGUACAAUGCGGGUAUCAGCUUGAACAAGCCUGAUUUUUCCGCCGCUCUUUUACUGACCGAUAAAGGACAGGCACUGAAGGCGUCUUACAUUCAUUAUGUUGAUACAAAGAAUGGAACUACAGUUGCUGCUGAACUCAUCCAUAGGUUUUCUAGCUAUCAGAACACCUUCACAAUUGGAAGCUCUCAUGCAGUUGAUCCAUUCACUGUCAUAAAAACACGAUUCUCGGAUGAUGGAAAAGCUGCCAUGCUAUGCCAACACGAAUGGAGACCAAAGUCAUUGUUUACCUUUUCCGCCCAGUACGACUCUAAGGCUGUUAAUGCAGCCCCAAAGCUAGGUCUCGCACUUGCACUGAAGCCUUGAUAAUGGUAACUUCUUCGAUCCCAUUUCCGCAACUUGAUAUACCUUUGAUCUUGUAGUAGAUAUUUCUCCCAUAAAUUUAAGAAGCAUCGCGAUUUUAACCAAUUGAUAUUUGGAAACAGUGAAGUUCAUCCAUUGAUAAAAUGUUGAGACUGGUGGGGUGGUUGGACUUAAUUUUGG